AUGGCUGACGACAUGAACACUAUCAACUCCAAUGAUGACGGUGGUGGUGGAAGUAAAAAGUCUAAAGAUCAAAAAUCAUCUAAAGAUGUUUGUAAUGAAUGUGGCAUUGAACAUAUGCCUAUGAAAUAUGCCGAUAAUGAUUUUGUUAAUUUAUCGACUUUUAAAUUAUUCUCACAAAAUAUUCGUCCGACAAUUAAUUCACGUUAUCCGAAAUUGGCAACACAAAAGGUGAUGACACUUAUGGCUGCUUAUUGGCGUGAAUUUCUUGAAUUAAAAAUUUCUCAAACGUCUUCAAAUAAUAAUUUAAAUGAAUCAAAUAAUGAUCAAGAUGGAAGUGAGCGUAUGGAUAUGGAUGAAUCACGUUCUCUUGCAGCAUCAACACCUCCGCCUAGUCGUUCUCGCCGACGUCGUGUUAUUGUACAAGAUGACAUGGAUCCUGAUGAUACCAAUGAUCAACAAGAUGAUGAUGAUAGUUCAGUAGUAACAGCUUCUACAUCACGUAAAAAUGCGGGUAGUAAUAAAAAAAUUCCAUCAUUAACAAUAAAAUUACAAAAAGAUCAAGCAGCUGCUUUAGCUGCUAAAGAACAAAUGAACGCCUCCUCAUCGGGCAAUAAUGAUGAACAAGAAGUAAAACCGUCGAAAAAAUCCAAUCGACAACGUAAACGUAAAAGACGCGAUGAUGAUGAUCCAUCGAAUGAAUCCGAUGCUGAAUUUGAAGCUAUGCUUGUACAAAGUGAAAUAAACGAAGAAGAAGAACCGCCAAAGAAAAAACGUGUUAAAAAAGCACCUAGACCUCCGAGACGUAUUGCUAGAUUAAAUAAUCGACGACAACAACAAAUAGUACCUGAAGACUUAGCAAAUCUUCCACUUGAACAAGCUGGCUAUGAAACUGAUCAUCAAGAUUAUUGUGAAGUGUGUCAACAAGGUGGCGAAAUUAUUCUAUGUGAUACAUGCCCGAAAGCCUAUCAUCUUGUUUGUCUUGAUCCGGAACUUGAACAAGCACCGGAAGGUGAUUGGUCUUGUCCAGAAUGUACAAAAAAUGGUAUUACCAUACGUACACGACAAGCUGCUGCUGCUGCAGCUGCUCGACAAGCAAAAGAAGAAGACGAUAAUCAUAUGGAAUAUUGUCGAGUUUGUCGUAAUGGAGGAGAAUUAUUAUGUUGUGAUCGAUGUCCAUCUUCAUAUCAUAUGCGUUGUUUAAUUCCACCGAUGACUGUCAUUCCUGAAGAGGAUUGGUUUUGUCCACGAUGUACCAUUGAACCGCCACCUUAUGUUGUUAAGAAAAUUCUUACAUGGCGUUGGGUAACUCAUCCUGAUCUUCAUUCAACACUAACAAGUGAAACUAAAACAUCAGAAGUAGUUAAAGUUGAUGAAAAUGGUGAGUCAGCAACAACAACUACAACAAUUAUUGAACAACGUGUUAUAACUUCAACAACUGCAAAGGAUACUGUACCACCAGCCGAUGGAGCUGAUAAUGGUGCUAAUGUUAAACAACGUCUUAUUCCAAUAUUAGAUCCAAAUUUACCGCCAGGUGUAACACGUGGCCCGUUUAAAACACGAGAAUUAUUUGUUAAAUAUGAUGGCUUAUCUUAUUGGGUAUGCGAAUGGUUACCUGAAUUGCAAGUUGAAGUUCAUCAAUCGUCUCUAUGGCGUUGUUAUAUUAAAAAAAUUGGUGAUGCUCGACAACCACAACCAACUAUAGAUAUCGAAGGCGAGGAAGAUGAUGAAGUAUCACGACGUUACUAUAAUCCAAAAUUAGAGCAAAGAUAUUAUAAACAUGGUGUACGACCUGAAUGGCUUUGUGUACAUCGGAUAUUAAAUCAUCAAAAAGAGAAAGGUUCACCCACGUAUUAUUUUGUUAAAUGGAGAGAGAUAGGCUAUGAUCAAGCCACAUGGGAAGUUGAAAAAGAUGGUGAAUAUACACAUUUAAUUGAAAAUUGGCAACAACAUAUUGAUAAUUAUUGGAAAUUCAGAAACGGAUCUGAUGCUGAGGAGAAAAAAAAGAAGAAAACGACUUCAACAAAAGUUACACGUCGUUCUAAUCGAGAACUUGAAGAAAGCCGAUCAGUCGAUGCUAAUGGUGAUUCAGGUGAUGAAAGCGAACGCUCAGGAAAAUAUCCACCACCUCGUAAACGCUAUGAAAAACAACCCGAUUUUGUCGACGUAACAGGUGGUACACUUCAUCCAUAUCAAUUAGAAGGUUUAAAUUGGUUACGUUUCUCAUUUUCACUAAAUACUGAUGUUAUUCUUGCCGAUGAAAUGGGCCUUGGGAAAACAAUUCAAACUAUUGUCUUCUUGCAAGCGCUAUUAAAAGAAGGUCUUUCACGUGGACCAUUUCUUAUUAGUGCGCCAUUAGCUACAAUUAUCAAUUGGGAACGAGAAUUUGAAUUCUGGGCGCCUGAUAUGUACGUUGUUACUUAUACGGGAGAUAAAGAAGCACGUUCAAUUAUUCGUAAACAUGAAUUUUCAUUCGAAGAUGAUGCUAUUCGUGCUGGUCCGCGUGCAAGUCGUGUUCGUAAUGGUGUUAAAGUUAAAUUUCAUGCACUGUUAACAUCAUACGAAUUAGUCAGUGUCGAUUCGGCAACACUCUCAUCGGUUGAUUGGAGUGUUUUAAUUAUUGACGAAGCACAUCGCUUAAAAAAUAAUCAAUCACGAUUUUUUCGAACAUUAUUUGAUUUCAGUAUUGGCUAUAAAGUUCUUCUUACUGGUACACCAUUACAAAAUAAUCUUGAAGAAUUAUAUCAUUUAUUAAAUUUUUUAAAACCUGAUAAAUUCAGUGAUAUGGAUGGUUUUCUUAAAGAAUUUAGUGAUUUAGCUAAGGACGAACAAGUUGCCAAACUACAUGACAUAUUAGGUUCACAUAUGUUACGUCGUUUGAAAGCUGACGUGCUAAAAAAUAUGCCGACAAAAUCGGAAUUUAUUGUUCGAGUUGAAUUAAGUCCUGUACAAAAGAAAUAUUAUCGUGCUAUAUUGACCAAAAAUUUUGAUGCUUUAAAUGUUAAAGGCGGCGGUGGACAAGUAUCAUUAUUAAAUAUUGUAAUGGAAUUAAAGAAAUGUUCAAAUCAUCCAUAUCUAUUACCAGCUGGGCAGUUUGAAGCACCGCGUGCACCAAAUUUAGCCUAUGAAGGCUCAGCAUUAAUCAAAGCAAGUGGAAAAUUAGAUUUAUUGGCUAGAAUGCUAAGAAAAUUAAAAGAUCAAGGUCAUCGUGUUUUAAUUUUUUCACAAAUGACAAGAAUGUUAGAUAUACUUGAAGAUUUUCUUGAAUAUUUGGGUUAUAAAUAUGAACGUAUGGAUGGGAAAACAGGUGGCUCUGAACGACAAGAAGCUAUCGAUCGUUUCAAUGCACCCGGGGCUGAACAGUUUUGUUUUCUACUUUCAACACGUUCAGGUGGUCUUGGAAUUAACUUGGCUACAGCUGAUACUGUCAUUAUUUAUGAUAGUGAUUGGAAUCCACAUAAUGAUAUUCAAGCUCUUUCACGUGCUCAUCGUAUUGGUCAACAAAAUAAAGUUAUGAUCUAUCGUUUUGUAACUCGUGGUUCUGUUGAAGAACGUAUUACACAAGUUGCUAAGAAAAAAAUGAUGCUAACACAUUUAGUUGUUCGACCAGGUGUUGGCCGUGGUACGAACAUGAGCAAAAAAGAAUUAGACGAUAUAUUACGUUUUGGCACAGAAGAUCUAUUUAAAGACGACGAUGAAGUUGCAGGCAAUGGCGAAGGCGGUGAAAAUUGUGGUUCAAAAAUUCAUUAUGAUGAUCCAGCUAUCGACAAAUUACUUGAUCGUUCGCAAGAAGGCAUACAAGAAAAAGAAGAUGGUCUUAAUGAAUAUUUAUCUAGUUUUAAAGUUGCAUCCUAUGCUACACGUGAAACGAAUGAAGACGACGAAGAAGAAGAUAUACGUGAGCCACCUCCGACAGCUGAUGAAAAUCUUGAUCCAUGCUAUUGGGAAAGACUAUUACGUAUACAGUAUGAACAAGAUCGAGAAUUAGAAAGUCAUGCCUAUGGUAAAGGUAAACGUUUAAAACGUCAAGUUAAUUAUGCUGUACCAAAUAAUGAUGAAAAUUGGAAUGAACACAAUUCAGAUAUAGCUAGUGAAUAUGAUGCACCAUCGGCUGGUGGCGAAGAUGAAGAUGUUGAUUUCGAUGAAACACCUGAUCGUAAACGAAAAACAGGACGUGAUCGCCCAUUACCGCCAUUAAUAUCGAAGUCCGGUUCAAAUAUUGAAAUCUUAGGUUUUAAUCAGCGACAACGUAAAGCAUUUUUAAAUGCUAUUAUGCGUUUCGGUAUUCCACCACCGGAUGCAUUCAAAUCUCAAUGGUUAGUUCGAGAUUUACGUUGUAAAUCUGAAAAAGACUUUCGUGCUUAUGUUUCCUUAUUUAUGAAACAUCUAUGUGAACAUGUACCUGAGAAUGCAGAUACAUUUUCUGAUGGUGUACCACGCGAAGGCUUAUCUCGACAUCAUGUUUUAUCGCGCAUCGGUAUUAUGUCAUUAAUUCGAAAGAAAAUUCAAGAAUUUGAAAGUAUUAAUGGGCUGUGGUCGUUGCCUGAACAAGCUCCAACUGAGAAUUCUCACGAUUUAAAUGAUGAAUCAAUUAGUAAUACAAAACAACAGUCAACAAAUAAUGCAAGUAUUACGCCAAGUGAUAGUACAACAAAUAUUCAAUCAUCUGAAUCUACCGAACAAUUGACCAGUGGUACGUCACUAAACGAAGCAUCAAUGUGUGGUUCAAGUAGUAAUUUAAUUGGUGAAUCUAUGAGUUUAAGUGAUUUAAUUAAUAAUAAAAAUGAUAGUGAAAAAAAUGAAACAAGUACUGAUGUAGAAAUGAAAGAUACUAAUGAUAAACCAGUCAAUGAGGAAAAGCUUGAUAUACCUGAACCGAAUGCCAAUAAUGUUCGCACAACUGAAACCAGUAAACCAUCCAGUAGCAAUCGUAAAGUUCACUAUGUUCGAAGUGAGAAAUUGAAAGAUUACAAAUUUAUGUUUAAUAUUGCUGACGGCGGUUUUACCGAGCUGCAUUCAUUAUGGUUAAAUGAACAACGUGCAUUAGAACCAAAGCAUGAACAAGAAAUUUGGCAUCGGCGACAUGACUAUUGGUUAUUGGCAGGUAUAGUCACACAUGGUUAUUCACGUUGGCAAGAUAUUCAAAUUGAUUCAAAAUUUGCCAUUAUCAAUGAACCCUUUAAAAUGGAUAUGGCCAAAGGAAAUUUUCUUGAAAUGAAAAAUAAAUUUUUAGCCCGUCGUUUUAAAUUAUUAGAACAAGCACUUGUAAUCGAAGAACAGUUACGUCGCGCUGCAUUUUUAGGUUUAGCUAUGGAACAAACGAAUCCUGCAUUGACAUUAUCACAGCGUUUUAGUGAAGUUGAAUGUUUAGCUGAAUGCCAUCAACAUUUAUCUAAAGAAUCAUUAGCUGGCAAUAAACCAGCUAAUGCUGUACUUAAUAAAGUACUUACACAAUUAGAAGAAUUACUAAGUGAUAUGAAACAAGAAAUAAACAAAUUACCAGCCACAUUAGCUCGAUUACCACCUGUAUCUCAAAGACUUAAGAUAUCUGAAAGAAAUAUUCUUUCUCGUUUACCAAAUGGUCAAAACUUACAAUCAUCAUCAUCAUCAUCCUCAAUACUGGCAGCAACAACAGCCACCCCCACCACCCCCACAACAACAAAUGGAAGUGAAUAUCCUUAUGGAAAUUAUACGAACUUCAUUGGACCAUUUGCAUUACCUGCCAAUGGAAAUAGUAAUAAUAAACCAACUUCUUCAUCAUCGACAGCAUCGGUGGAUUCUUCAUCAAAUCGAGUAAAAUCUUCAACAACCAACUGUGAGGCUUGA